GUGUGACACGUUGGUCUCCCUACGUCUUCUGCCCUUGACGAGCUCUGCGAUGUCUGUGAGCAAGACAACCGGAGGAAAAACCGUCAACAUUGUAAAGAACCUUCCUCGCAUAACACUCGCCAAUCUUCGGCCAAACCCGGGCGCAAAGAAAGCUGAGAAGCACAGAGGUCGAGGUAUGCAUGGCGGCAACAGAAGUGGGCGGGGACAUAAAGGUGAACGACAGCGCGGGAAUCGACCACGACUGGGCUUUGAGGGUGGACAGACACCGUUCUAUCUGAUCAUCCCAAAAUAUGGCUACAACGCUAAUCACAGUCGUAGACCCCAGUAUCCCCCACUCUCCUUGCGCAGACUGCAGUACCUCAUAGAUUUGGGGCGUGUUGACCCCACACAGCCCAUCGAUCUGACCCAGCUCGUCAACAGCAGAGGAGUCACGGUCCAGCCUCUGAAACGAGACUAUGGCAUCCAGCUCAUUGAUGAGGGUGCUGAUAUGUUUUGUGCCAAAGUUAACCUGGAGGUUCAGGUUGCAUCAGAGAAAGCCAUUGCUGCUGUUGAACGAAAUGGGGGCGUGAUCACAACCAGCUACUAUGAUCCACGCAGUCUCCAGGUCCUCAUCAAACCAGUCCCUUUCUUCCUAUCUGGGCAACCCAUUCCCAAACGCCUCCUUCCUGGUGAAGACCUUCUCCCAUACUACACGGACGCCAGUAACCGCGGCUACCUCGCAGAGCAUGAUAAGAUUCAAGCUGCGCGGCUAGCUCUCGCUAAGAAGUACGGAUACAGCUUACCUGACAUCACCACAGAUAUGAUGUUUGAAAUGCUGGCUCAAAGAAAGGAUCCUCGUCAGAUCUUCUUCGGGUUGUCACCCGGGUGGGUGGUUAAUAUGGCCGACAUGAAGAUCCUCAAACCUAAAGAUGAUAAAGUCUUGCAGUAUUAUGGCUCAUAAUGCUUCAUUACUCACAAUGUAUUGACUAUGGACGUAAGAUCAGUGUGUAUAUAGAGUGAAAUACUUGUUUAAAUUCUUUUUCUAUAAUAAAAUUCCAUCCCACAGUCCGUUCUUAUUGUUGAUUUAAAACCAGAAAGACAUCUAAGGAUACCAUUUGAAGGAUGAAUCAGCCUUGCCAAUGAAAACGUCUUAAUGAGUCAACCAUAAUUUGAAGAAAGAUGUGCCGUACCGGAAACGCUUUGUAUGAAGUCUAUACAUAC